AUGCCGUCGUUCGCCGGCGUCGGCGCCGGAGACGUCGGCGACGCCGCCACCGCGUUUCUCACCGCGUUGGACACGUCGCUCGCGCGCGCGUGGCGCGAAGAGGACCGACAAUGGCGGAAAGAAGAGCGACAGUGGCGACGCGAAGAUUUGGAAUUUCGCGUCGAAGAGCGCGACUGGUGGGAGCUCGAGCACGUCCACAGGGACGAGCAGCGGAAGUGGCGACGACAAGACGUCGAGCAGCGCGUGCUGGAGAACGCGCGAUGGGUGUGGAAUCGGUACGCGGAGAAGAAUAGACGGGACGUGGAGGAGAAGGGCGAACAACUGCGAACGACGUCGAACCUGAGCGCGUUGAUCAGUGGAUUCGCGGUCGUGGCGCUGGUGGAAUUGCAGUUCAGCGAUCCGACGGUGAAGGCGUUUCAGAGCGAGGCGUUGAUCGCGGCGUACGCGGGAGCCACGGCGGUGACGGUGGCGUUGAUGUUGAACGCCAUGGUGCUGUGUUCGUUCAUGUUGAGUAAUAUUUUGAGGAAUGGGAAGUCGUACGUCAGCGAGGACGAGGAGGCGGAGUUUUUAUACGCGUGUCGUAAAUUUGCGCUGUCGUACGCGCCGGGAGACACGCCGCCGCAGCCGCAGAGGUCGUUCGAGAGGUAUUGGGAGACGCGAUGCGAGGCGGAUUGGCGAAAAGCGUUUCGGAUGUUCACGUACGGGGUGCCGAUGUUUCUCACCACGCUCACGUUGAGCGCGUGGUUGAAGUUUUGGUACUCCACGGUGACGUGUUCCAUCGUCACCGGCGUCGCGGCUGUCGCGAUCGGAUUGUGGUGGCGGACGCAGAGCGCGUGGGGCUGGCACUUGAUGAAACGCAGCGAGCAACAAUUUAGCAAGUCUAGAUAUUUCCCACCCGAGGGCUUACCCUUCGAUUGGCACGCGCGUCCGAGGAAGAAGCCCACCGACUCUGAUCUGGGCUCUAUGCGCAACAAUUCGGGCGCGUCCGACGAAGACUUCUUCGCGGCUUCGCCCAGCGUCUCGAGAAGCGAAUCGCUGUCUCGCGCCGAGCCGCCGAGCGACGCAUCGGCCGCGCGCGUCGACGCGUCGACGAUCGCGCACCACAACGGCACGACGACAAAGCAGAACGCCUCCGGCGCCAAGCGCGACCCGUACGCUGGAUUGAAGAUUGACACGCGUCUCCGCGCCGUCGCCGUCGAAGCCGUCUCCGACCGCGAGCGCGAAUUCCUCCGCGAUUCCAGCCCGCGCGCGAUCGAGACGACGAAGAGGGAGUACGAAAAGGUCGGUCUCAAAUCCAAGCUCGUGGAUCAGCGCGCGGGCGCGUCGUAG